CCAAACUCAUAUUUAAAAAGCACAACUCAUAAUAUUUAAAGCACGUCCAGCGACAUCUCGUGGCCCGACAGCACGACGCGGCACUCAUUGUGAACUGACCACGGCUGGUGCGCGCCUUGCGCCUAGAUUUAGCCCAUUAUGGACUCAUCAGGGUCAGGGACCUCAAAUGCGCUGGUACGCAAGCGGACAGACACAGACUUGAUGCCCCCGCCUCCUCAAGCCAAGAAGAUAAAACGACCCAAGAAGGUACUCGACGAAGAUACCUACACAGAAGCACUGUCACAAAUCAUCGCCCGGGACUUCUUCCCAGGACUUCUACAAACUGAGAUACAGCAAGAAUACCUGGAUGCGCUCGAGUCAAAGGAUUCUGCCUGGAUCUCAAGUGCAGGCCGAAGAUUGCAACAUGUUAUGACACCAGGGCGCCGAAAUGCACCUCUCUCAUCACAGGCAAAUUCUUUCACUGCUGGUGAUCGGACACCUUCAACAUAUGGCGGUGAUACGCCAGCUUCAGUUACCUCUAAUGUUCCGGAUCCGCAACCACGGCUAGGAGCCAACAUGAGCCUGACAAAAUUUCAAGAUACUUACACGAGCGAGGAUAAUGAAAGCUUUUAUAAGCUUGUUGACAAACAGAAUCAGAAAAAGGCUGACAAAUAUGCCUGGCUUUGGCGCGGUAACAAACUACCGUCAAAGCAAAUGAUCAAACAGAAAGAGGUUGAGGAUCGACUGAGCCAAACCCGAAGCCUCAUAGAUGACGGAUUCAAGAAGGAUUUGCUGGCCAUCAAGGACAAAGAUGACCGUCCAGCUCGCCCAGAUUCCUGGAAUGCCAACCCUCGAAACAGUUUGAUGUUCAGACCUGACGGGUUAGAGGAUGGUGUCCUCACUGUUUCUCAGAAGGCCGAGGAAUCUUCAAAGAUGGCUCCAAAGUCAAUAGUCUACGAGAACACGAGAAUGCCACAACCGCGCAUCACACCGAGGCCACCAUCUCCGACCAUGUCAGCGGUGCGAGACGCCAUUGCCGGCAAGCCUCGGAAAGAUGACCGAGACUCCAGCAUCGUUAGCGGAGGCGAGACACCAAGAGUUAAUGGGUAUGCUUUUGUGGACGACGAGGAUGAUGAAGAUGAGCCAAUCCUCCCUGCUCCUAUUAUCAAUCUAGGCCCGGGAGAUGCAGCUCCAAACCCUUUCCGCUUACAAGAGCAACGUGACAGAGAAAGUCUACACGAACGCAUGGUGGAGAGGAUAUCUCAGUCGAAGAAGGAAUCCUCAAGGAAUGGACUUACAGGGAGAGUUGACAAGACGCCGGUUCCAAAGUUUCCGAGUAGUCCUCGGGUCAAUGGUGGACUUACACCUGCAGCACAAAGGCUUUGGAAUCAUGGACUUUUUUCAUUGAACCUUGGAACCACCAACCCACCAAACCUAGCUGGCAGCCAACGCCAGCAAGCCAGACAAUAUCAAUCACCUCCAUUCAAUGUGCUUCUGGCCCAAGGAGGCCGUAUAAGCCCGAUGAGGUUCGUCGACUUCGCAAUUGACCUUGCGGCAGUGCUCAAUGCCUCUCGAGGUGUCGCCGCUAAGCAUGUCGCGCUCCGAGGUCGCCAGAUCGAUACCUACAGUCGAACUUCGAGUGUUGCCGCGGCAUUGAGGAAGCGAAAUGCUCAAAGGAGCUCACCGACGGGGGAGAAAGCACAGAAUGCUGCGGGGGCGAGCGAUGAGGUUGUAUACGAGCAAGCUGCACCGGCAGCACGAGAGACGAAACCUAUAACCGAGACACCGAAACAAAAUGCUCCGCCUGAAGUGACGAGAACCGAAAGAGCACCCUUCAAUAGCCCGAUCCCCAAUUUCAGACCGAGCCCACAGCAACAGGCUACGUCGGAACCGGCGAAAGAGGAUGAUCUUGAUCUACCCCCUGGGAUCGAUGUCAAUAUCUUCCAUACCGCGAGAGGUUCUAAAGUCCUCGACUCUCUACGAAAGCAAGGUCGACCUGGAGCACCUCCUGCACGCCCCGGAGUUGGGGGUCCUGUGAAGCCACAUCCCAUGCGAGACUGGCCUCCGCGCCCACCACCCCUCGAAGAGAGCUAUGAAGAGGAGCCCGUAAAACCUCAAGAGCCUGUGUUCAAGCCAGUGGAACCCGUAGAGCCUGUGGAGCCAGCUGAGAAGGAACCCCUGGUCGAGAAGUUUGUGCAGAAGAAACAGUCGGAGGAGAAGCCCGUCGAGCAGAAACCGGUGGAGGAAAGCUCCGUGCCUGAACCAGAAAAGGCCACUCCGUUAGCCCCUACAGCCGACAAAAAGAUCGACGAGGAUGUCAUUCAAGCUGCCAGAGAGAUUGCUGGGGAGACAACAACGCCCUCAGAGACACCCUAUGCUUUACGAGAAUCCAAGGUCCCCUCGUCUCGUAUCAGCCGAAUCUGGAACUAUAGUGGUCUUGCAGCAGGUAUGUUGGGAGGCGCCAUGACCGAAGGCUUCAGUCGAGCCUUUGGCGGUGGUGGCGAGGGAUCUGUCCUCCUGAGCGAGAAGAACAUGGAGCGUCUGGUUGCAAAGCUCUCGCGCAUGCGUGGUGCUGCUUUGAAGCUUGGCCAGAUGAUGAGUUUCCAGGAUACCAAGAUGCUGCCUGCCCCCAUCCAACAGGUGCUCCAGCGUGUUCAGGAUCGCGCUGAUUACAUGCCUGCCUGGCAGCGUGAUCGCGUAUUAGUAGCAAACCUUGGUCCUGAGUGGAGAGAGCUCUUCAGCAAUUUUGAGGAGAAGCCUAUCGCUGCUGCUUCUAUUGGGCAGGUUCACAAGGCCACAUUAAAGAACGGCAAGCGAGUCGCUGUCAAGAUCCAAUUCCCUGGUGUUGCUGACUCGAUCAACUCGGACCUCGAUAACCUAAGCAUUCUCCUCACAGCUACCAAGCUACUCCCCAAAGGUCUAUACCUCAACAAAACCAUCGACAAUGCGCGAUUAGAGCUUGGCUGGGAAUGUGACUACGAGCGAGAGCUUCAGUGCGCUCAACGCUACAGGGAGCUUCUCGGGUCAAGCGAGAAGGAUGUUUUUAUGGUGCCAAAUGUUUAUCCUGAGGCAUCGGGUAAGCAAGUCUUGACGAUGGACUUCAUGGAUGGUAUCGGCGUGACUCGCAUCACCUCUUUUACCCAGGAGCAGCGUGACUGGAUCGGUACACAGAUUCUUCGCCUCUGUCUCCGCGAGAUCACCGAGUUCCGUUUCAUGCAAACGGACCCAAACUGGACAAAUUUCCUCUACAACGCAGAUGUCAACAAGCUGGAGCUGCUCGAUUUUGGCGCUUCUCGCGAAUAUCCUGACGAGUUCGUCACACAAUAUGUGCAGCUUCUCGCUGCGGCUUCACGAUCCGACAAGGCCGCUGUAAAGGAGUUGUCAGAGAGCUUAGGUUACCUGACCGGCCAUGAGAGUCGCACCAUGGUUGAGGCACAUACAAAGUCUGUCCUUACACUCGCGGAGCCUUUCCUUGCUAGCGCGCCCGAUAUUUAUGACUUUAAAGACCAGACUAUCACAGAGCGUGUCAAAGCUCUCAUCCCUGUUAUGCUUCACGAGCGACUGGCACCUCCACCAGAAGAGACAUACAGUCUGCACCGAAAGCUUAGCGGUGCGUUCCUCCUGUGUGCCAAAUUGGGUAGCAAGGUCCCUUAUGAUAAAACGGCCGAGGGAUGUAGAAUAGAAAACGGGAUUUCAUGAUAAC